AUGUUCCCUCUUCCCGGAGCUCCUCGACAACAGCCCAUGGACCCUUCUCGCCUCCAGGCUUUCAUGAACCAGCCUGCAGGAGAGUCUACAGAGUCCACAGCCCUCAAGCCAUCCAACUCCCGCCAAUCCAAGCGUCUAUUCGUCUAUAAUAUCCCCCAGAACUCUACAGGAGACUCUGUUGUCUCUUUCUUCAACCUUCAACUGAACGGUUUGAAUGUCAUUCACAGCGUUGAUCCUUGUAUCUCCGCCCAAGUCGCCGAUGACAAGUCAUUCGCCCUUUUGGAGUUCAAGUCUCCCAAUGAUGCAACAGUUGCCUUGGCCUUUGAUGGACUCACCAUGGCUGACGGCGGUGACAAGGGACUUGAGGUCCGCCGACCAAAGGAUUACAUUGUCCCCGGUGGAGCAGAGCAGGAGUACCAAGAAGGUGUGCUCCUGAACGAGGUGCCAGACUCGCCCAACAAGAUCUGUGUUUCCAACAUCCCGCCUUUCAUCCCAGAGGAGGCCGUCACCAUGCUGCUCAAGUCAUUUGGCGAACUCAAGUCAUUUAUCUUGGUUAAGGAUGCCGCGACGGAAGAGUCACGGGGUAUCGCAUUCUGCGAGUAUGUCGAGGCCACAUCUACCCCCAUCGCCGUCGAGGGUCUGAACGGCAUGGAACUCGGUGAUCGCCACCUGAAGGUAUCCUACGCCAGUAUCGGAACCACCCAGGCUGUCGGCCUGGACAUGGGCGUCAACGCCAUGUCCAUGUUCGCCAAGACCACCUCCCAGGACAUGGAGACGGGCCGUGUUCUGCAGUUGCUGAACAUGGUCACUGUGGACGAGCUUCUCGAUAACGACGACUACGAGGAGAUCCUCGAGGAUGUGGGUGAAGAGUGCUCUAAGUAUGGAAAGGUCCUGAGCCUGAAGGUUCCGCGUCCCAGCGGUGGAAGUCGCCAGACCGCCGGUGUGGGUAAGAUCUACGUGAAGUUUGAUACCGAGCAAUCCGCCACCAGCGCCCUUAAGGCUCUCGCUGGCCGGAAGUUCUCGGACCGUACCGUUGUGGUUUCUUACUUCGGAGAAGAGAACUUCGAUGUGGACGCCUGGUAA